AACAAUCAGUAGAUUUUGCACUGUUUUACAAUGAAGUGGGUUUUGUUUUUGUCCGCCAUCGGUUUGGCCUCAGCUGGAGUGCUUCCACAGCCAUCGGGGUUGUUGCGCAGUUUGCACACGUUGAUGAAUGUCGACGAGUUGGGACGGACAUUUGGCGUGGACAAUUCGUCACAAGUCGAUGAGUACGAGGUCGUCUACAUCCGCCGCCAUCGAAGUUUCGUUCCCGAAGAUCCUCUUCAACGAAACGCCAGUCCCAAAACGAAGCGGAGUGGCCCUCGUGAAAAUCACGCCCAUUAUUCGUUCGCUGCCAACGGAAAGAACUACAACCUCAAAGUGCGACCGAAUAACUUUCUCAUGGCGCCGAACAUGAAGACGGUGGUGAGGAGCAACGGAGAGCAGGACAAAGAAUUUGUUGAGGAACAUCCUCGAGGUGACGACUGCCACUUUCUCCACUACGACAACGGAUUAGUUGCAGCUCUUAGUCACUGCACCGACGACGAUAUCCACGGUUACAUGAUUGAUGGAGGUAAACCAAUGGAAAUUAAGCCGAUUCCUUCGCGACUCCGCCAAAUGCUCCACUCUCCACCUGAAACAGACAACGAAAUAAUUAUGAUCGGUGCUCACAUCAUUCGUGCUGUUGAUCCUUUCCCACAUCUAAAAGCUCAUCAAGAAAGCUGUGAUGCGGAAUUACCUAUGCAGAUAAAAUCAAACAUCACUCGUCAAUCAGUUGUGAUGGAAUCACAAACAAUUGUAAAGCGAAAGAGCAACAAAGCUUCUACUGAUAAAUCGUCAAAGAAUGUGGGCAAAAAUGCACUUGAGAAAACAAUUGGAAGUAAAGCUGCUGCACCAAACAAGGUUAUAGAGCUAGGCGUUUUUGUGGAUUCAGCUGCACUUUCUUUGUUCAUGCCCUACUUAGGGGCCAGAGAAUAUGUGAAACUCCGUGAGCUGAUCCUUGCCUUCGUCAAUGCGAUGCAAGCACUGUACCACCUUCCUAGUCUGGGCCAACGUGUCGACUUGUCGAUUGUUUACAUGGAAUUCCACGCCAAACCACCGGCCAAUUUAGUAAACAACGGAGAGCGUGGGCAACUUCUCGAUUCCUUCUGCUCUUUUCAGACGAAAUUGAACAAACCCUCCGACAGCGAUGCCGAACAUUGGGAUAUGGCACUUCUUUUAUCUGGACUUGAUUUCUAUGCAGUUGAAAAAGGGAAAAAUAAUUACGUCACAAUGGGUUUGUCCACUGUCACUGGCGUUUGCACUGACAUUUACAAUUGCGUCAUCGGAGAAUUUGGAGUCACGAACCAGCGAGGUCAACCGUAUCCUUCCACCGGAUUCACUUCAGUUUACGUAAUGGCACAUGAAAUUGGCCACAAUUUAGGGAUGUCUCACGACAGGAGUGGGAACGUCUGCGCGACAGAGGGUUUCAUAAUGAGUCCUUCUCGAGGUGUUGUAGGAGAAGCUACCUGGUCAACUUGCAGCGCCAAAACUUUGGCUUCCAUCACAGAAACUUGCAUGAACGAUCUUCCUUCCGGCAACUUUCCCGACUAUAACCACAACAAAUAUAGAAAUAGACCCGGCCAGCUGUGGUCGGCCGAUGAGCAAUGCCGAAUUCUUUUGCGUGACAAGGCUGCCGUUGCUUACUUCGCCACAAACGCCGACAUUGCCGAGUCGUGCAAUUCCAUGAAAUGUAGAACGCCAAAUCGUGACGGCUACUAUUCCUCCGGGCCAGCUCUCCCAGGAACUGUCUGCGGGAAUUCAAUGUGGUGUAAUGGAGGCAAAUGCGUAUCGACUGGUCGUGCUUUAAAUGUAGAAGCAGUUCGAGGUGGAUGGUCUGACUGGAAAAAUAAACCCUGCGGUUCUGGGUGUCUACAGAAAUCUCGAGGAGCAGUGGAAAGCGAAAGGGAAUGCAACAAUCCAAAGCCAAGUGACGUGUUGCAUCGAUGUGAAGGUUCAAGCAUCAAAGCGACGAUUUGCGACGAUGCUCAACUUUGCGGUGAAAAACCUCGACUGACAUCAGCCGAGUAUGCUGGCCAGCAAUGCGCCAAGUUCAGUAAACUUGUGCCAUUCAUCGAUCCAAAGGGAACUGGCAUUCAGGCGGCCUUCUCUGAAAAACGGCCAUGGCAAUCGUGUGCCAUUUUCUGCCAGCGAAACGAUCGAGAAGGUUUCUACAGCCCACGAUUCGAGUUGAACAGUUUACCUGAAGUUUCUGCUCAUUUCCCUGACGGAACUUGGUGCGGCAACGAUGGCCAGAAGGAUCUUUACUGCCUACACAGAUCUUGCGCGUCGACCGAAGUGGCCGAAGGAUUGGUCCGCACUUCUGGUAUAAGUUCAGACUUGGAUAUGGCGAAUAACGCUCCAAUGACAGGCAAAGUCCAUCAUAAAAUCCCCACUGCUCUCGAGGAAUACUUUAUGCUGGACAAGGACGGCCAACCUGUGAAAGAAGAAAUCGAUGAGGAAACUGUUAAAGCCGCCGAAGAAAGCCUAAACAGCCAUUCCGGCUAUGACGAUCAAGAUUUCAUCACUUUGAAACCACCAAAGUAAAAGAUUUGAAUUGGAAAGGUGAACAUUAAUACCACGGGGGAUUGGGAUAGAAUUUAGCAGGUUUUUUUCUUAUUAGUGAGUUGAGUAACGUUUGUUUUUCUAGUCAAUUAAUGGAUGAAUCGCAUGGCGGGGAAUAUACGAUGAAUUAUU